AUACUGCACGCCUGUGCUAAGCUAAAAAUUCGUCCCUGGACUUUGCAGAUUGUGGAAGAGUUUUGUGUGAAUUCGUUGCUAUCAACUGAGAAUGUGGCGGGAGUGCUUGUGAAAAUGAACCCACACGAGCAGUCCCUUAUAAUUUACUCUUUAUCGCGGCUCUAUCCUUCUGGCAACCCCAUAGUUGAAAAAGUGUUUGAGUUUGUGACGCCAAUGUUGACAAGCAACGAGAGCCUUAGAAGCAUGCAAGCGAAGGAUUUGGUUAUGCUUUUGAAUUCCUUCGAAAAGGCGAACUUUGUCCCCGAGAGUGAUAUUGUCAAACGCUUGAGUUAUUUUAUAAGUCCUGCUGUUGACAAGAUGACCAUCGCAGAGCUCGCGUGUGUCGGCAAGUUCUUCGUGAGUUGUGGUAUUAACGACCACUCCAUUCUGAUGGAGUGCUCGAAACGUCUUCAUCGCAUUCCCCGAAGCCAACUUCGAUCGCCACAGAAUCUCUCACUACUGAUGGGCAUUUAUGCGAAGGCUUUGUUACGAGACGUUCCACUGCUGUGUGGGGUCUUGCUUGGUGCUUUUAUGUCGUGUGAAAAACCAGAUCCUGCUUCUCUCGCACGCACACUCUUGGCGAUAUCUCGGCUGGACUUGGUGAACACUAUCGAGGGUCAUCAUAGACGACAGCUACUGCAACUGGCUAAGUCCAACUUGCCGAAGUCAGACCAGCACUCCCUUGUGUGUCUCGCAUAUGCAUUAUGUACUCCUGGAUGGGCUAUGGACGACAACGCGUUAUUGCUUGAUGCACUCCAGUUGGCCGCCAAAUCUCGAAUCAUAGAGAAGCCCACCUUCGGCCCUCAGCUCGCUGUUGCUAUGCAAGUCGCAAGAGUCACUAAGGAGCUCACGCUGUCACGGUUGAGGUCGUUGUCGUGGCUGUGGAACGCAUCUACUGAGAUCUGCCGCUCUGGGGAGGGCCUCGAUGCUUUACGACUUUCGGCUGUGCAAGAGGACGUUUCGGUGACCGUUCGACACCUUAUGGGCAACGAUUGCAGUACAACGCUCGAGAGGGAAGCGAAAGUUAACGACAUAUGGGGGUGCGAUUUACUCCUCAAGACCUCCUCGCAUGGUUGA